AGGGCGGAGGGACCCGCCCCACCCCCUCCCCUCCCCUCCCCCGCGCGGGGCAGGGGGCACAGGGGAUCGUGCUCGGGGUCAGCGGCGGUUAGUGGCCGUUGGGGCUCGGCGCGACGGGUCAUGGUGCCGUUGCUGCUCCUGUGCGCGGCGGCGCUACCGCUGGCGGCCCGCGGGGCCAUCCCGGCACCGGAGGAGGCGGCGCGCAUGGCGCGCUUCGUGCUGCACAACUGCGACUGGGGCGCGCUGGCCACCCUCUCCACGCAGGAGGGGCUGCGCGGUCACCCCUUCGCCAACAUCUUCUCCCUCAGCGACGGCGUCCCGGGGCCGCACGGCGGCAGCGGCGUCCCCUACCUCUACCUCACCGACAUGGAGAUCUCCGUGCAGGACCUGGAGGUCAAUUCAAAUGCCUCCUUAACUGUGUCUUUGGCACAGACUCCUUACUGCAAGAAGCACAACUAUGAUCCCCAGAAUCCCCUUUGUGCCCACAUAAUCUUCUGUGGAAAUAUUGUAAAGGUGAAUGAUUCAGAAGCGAGCUUAGCAAAAAAAGCAUUAUUCAGUCGCCACCCUGAGAUGGAAAGUUGGCCUAAGGAUCACAACUGGUUCUUUGCCAAAUUCAACAUCACCAAUAUUUGGGUCCUGGACUACUUUGGUGGACUGAAAAUUGUGACACCAGAAGAAUAUUACAGUGUCAAGCCUUAGCAGUAGAGGAAGAUCCUGGGUGAUGCUGAUAUAUAAAUGAAUUGCUUUCGCUGACUGUUUCAUGAAAGAUUUAUCUUUUCUAUGUAUUGUAGAGCUGAAUUAAUAAUGCAGAAAACACAAACACCCUGCGUUAUUAAUGAGCUUGAAUAACCCUUCUGAAGCAAAUGUUAAUUUUCACUGACUAGCUUAGCUUGAAUCAUAUAAUACUCAUAAAACUUUAUGCACAAGCCAUAACUUAUUUUACUCACUAGUCAUGAUUUUAGAAAGCUAUAACCUGCCUGUUGACAGUCUGCAUUCAGAAAGGUUGUGUUUACUGGAAAGUAAAGGAUUAGUCCAGGUUUGCACUUUUCAGAGCCUUAGUUAAAUCAUAUCUGUUUGCAGGUACACUCAUUUUUUCCUUAAUACCAGUUUAUUUUAGAUCUUUGUGGCAAAGUAAACUGUAGUCAACUGAAUGCUAUGGGAUAGCUCACCUCUGGCUGUAGAAUGGGAAGGGUUGCUUGUAUUGUGAUGGAAAAUGACCUGCUGAGUUCCUACGUUCUGUAAGAAUUUUUUUGCAUCUUAAUAUACUCAUAAUUUUAGCCAUUUUUUAAAUUUUGCUACCUGUAUUGAAUGUGCUAUAGAACAUGAUUGUUUUUAUGCAAACUAUAGGUAUAUCUUGGGCUUGUGAUAAGUUCUUGGUAAGUCUUUGCCUGGCGGUGGUUAUAUGCCCUGAUUCUUUAAAAGCAGCAAGUAUUAGUGAACGUAUUCGAGUUUUGUACAAGAAGAGUUUUGGCUUGUGAAUUCAAUGAAACUGCUGUGAAAAGAAAUUAUUUUCUAACUUGGAUUCUGCUUCUGAUCAAAUGUUAGCUUUCUUUCUCCUCAACAGUAGAACUGAGUGGAUUUUUUUUUCCUUUGGAAGCAUAUAUAGCAUUUUUGGGUAACUCAGAAGUGAGAAAAUAGCUAAUGAAAUAGGAUACAGAUGUUCACUUGUAGAGAAUGAAAAUUAAUGGUGUGGAUGAACUUAAUUCUCUGCUUCUUAAAAUAAGGCACAAACACAUAAGCAUGAGAAAUAAAUUAACAUUGUUUUAUAUCCUUGCUCAUCUCCCAAGUGCAAAGUUCACAAAUAUCAAAAGUGAGAAUGACUGAUUAAGUUGAUUUCACCAUGAGCAAAUAUUAUCUAGCUAACAGAGUAAAAAAUGUGAGAAUUUGGACUCCUUAGUGGCAGAUGCAUAUGUAGAACAGUGAAAUUGGUCAGAUCAAAUCUUUACUUCUUAGUAUCAUCAUUAUAUUUUAUAUUAGUACUUAUCUGAAAUGCUGGAAAUGAAUUGCUUUAAAAAUACUUUCAAAAAAUUAAAUUUUCCUUCUCUGCAAAGGGGAGAUAAAAGGUACUUGUUGCUGUAUUAAACACAUCCUGUGUAGUACUUGGUAAGUAGUUUAGGAACAAAUAAGUUUGCAAUAUGGAAACAGUUUUUGUUGCAUAGAUAACACUGAAAUUAAACAUUAAACCAGAGAAUAUUUUUAUAAAAGUGUAACAAUUGUAGAAAUGCAAGUGAUCUUUUGGUACUGACUUGAUCCUUUCCAUGGCGAAAAUGUGUGCAUUGCAUGUCACUCCAUAACUUGUGAUGUGUGAGACUAAUGAUACUGGGCUUUUGUUAAAAAUAAAAUGUUCUCAUGACAAA